UCGCUUCGGUUUUUUCAUCUGAUUACUUCUGUAUUUGUUUGUAAUUGUGUUUACUUUUGUUUAUCUUACCUUUGCUUCGGCCUUUUGUUACCUGUGCUUUUGGAAGGAAUUUAAUUUUUCUAUGUGUUCGGGUUAAAUCAUGGAUGACAAUAAACUUGCUGCUAUUGUUGAGGAAUAUCUACCUCUUCUUGGAAGUACUAAGGAGAAACUUGUAAUCGGUGAAAUAUUAACAUCUCUGCUUAAACUAAUUACAUCCCAUCCGUAUGCUGGAAAUUGGGAAUUGUUUCUCAAAUUAAUCAAUGCUAGUAAACAUCUUCUACUUACUCAUAGUAGUAAUUUGAUUAAGCGUCAUGCUUUGGUUUUAUUGGCUCAUCUCGCACCAGUUGCCAGUGAUUCUGAUAUGAAUGAGAGUGGUUUGACGAGUGAAAUGCAAAGCGAAUUCUCUGUGAUUGUUAAAAUUUUACGUGAAUUUAGUCAUUAUUUUGAUCCAAGGGUUAGAUCGGCUGCCCUUAACUCUAUUUACAGCCUACACCAAAGAGGGGCCAAGCUUGACAUAAGUUUGUAUUGUGAAUUUUGUGAAGGUUUAACUGAUGAUUAUGAAGAUUGUAGAAUGGCAUCCAUAAAGUUGAUGGAAGUAUUGAGCCAUAAUUAUGCCGAUUGUCUUGUCUGUGUUGGAAAAGGAGAUGAACAAAUUCGUCUAGUUGAUGAUGCUUUUGCAAAGAUUUGCUCAAUGAUGAAUGAUUUGUCCAUCAGAGUCCGGGUUCAAGCUGCCUCUAUUCUUGGUAAUUUUACCGAUGUCGCGCCAGACUUUUUAGAACAAACUUUGGAUAAGAAACUUAUGUCUAAUUUAAGGAAAAAAAGGUCAGCGCAUGAACGGAGUCGUGAAAACUUUAAGUCUGGUGAAUGGUCAAGUGGUAAGAAAUGGGCUGAUGAUGCUCCCCUCGAAGAGUUGGAUCCCGAGGCUAUAAAUCUGAUGGAUAUCGGUGCUUGUGGUGCUUUUAUCCACGGAUUAGAAGACGAAUUCCUUGAGGUUCGCAUGGCUUCUCUUGAGUCUCUCUGUAAAUUGGCUAUAUCGUUUCCUGCAUUUGCUCAACAGUCGUUAGAUUUUCUAGUUGAUAUGUUUAACGACGAGAUUGAAGAUAUCCGUUUAAAAGCAAUUCAAUGCUUAAGCCGGAUUGGACAGCAGAAUAUUACCCUCCGUGAUGACCAAAUAGACAUAAUUUUAGGCGUUUUAGAAGACAUGUCAAUCGAUAUAAGAGAAGCACUACACGAUAUGCUUGGUAACUGCAAACUUUCGUCUAAACAAUCUCUUAAAGCCUGUAUUGAGAAGUUAUUAUACAACUUAAGACGUUAUCCUGAAGACAAGCACUCUCUGUGGAAAUGUUUCCAAAAACUUGGCACUAAUCAUCCUAAUUUAGUUGAUCUCAUUGUCCAUGAACUCCUCAUGAUUCAUCCUUUUCUAGACCUUCCAGAACCAUCUUUGGAAGAUGAUGCUUAUAUUUCAGUACUGAUAUUGGUCUUUAAUGCAGCAGCACUUUGUCCAUCUAUAACGAAGGUUUUUCUACCUCAUACUUUCAAACAUUAUUCCUAUCUACAAUACUCUUAUCCUCAAGAAGUACCACAUAUUCCUGAUAUUGAUAGUGGUCUUGAAAGGAAAAGAGAACAGUCACAGCAUUGUGAAGGAGUUUCAGAAUCUGCUAUGAGUUUUCUUUCAUCGAUAUUUGAACGAAUUAGAAAUAUAAUGUCGUCACCAUCUGUUUCACUAGAAACUCAAGCUGCUGUGAUAGAACUUUCGAUUGGUGAUUUGGAGAAAUUUGGUGAAAUUGAAUCUUCUAUGUCUCAUGCUUCGGAUUUCUUAAAACAAUAUUUAAAAUGUCAAAUGUCCCUGCGAAAGAUAUUAUCAAAUAAUAAUUGGAUCAAUACAUUUCUUCUUUCACCUCUACAAUCUAAUUCAUUUCGAUCAUCUCUUCAGCAAAUUUUGCAAACAACAUUUUGUCUAAUUCAUCAAUUCCAUGGUCUUCAUCCCUUUCAUCUUUCACUAAUUUUACAAACUCGAGUCAAAGCUUUAGCUCUUCAAUUAAUUGCUGUCAUUCAUGGUAGUAACCAAUCUGCAUUAACGUUGUGUGAUGCCUUCUUGGAAGAAGUGAAAACACUGCAAACUCACCUUAAAUUAAAUGGUAUGGAUCCUGAUCCUCUAACUAAAGAAAUGAUUCAAGAAGUUAAUAAAUUGAGUUCACCUAAACCUGGAUCCGUUGCCAGAGCUCUCCAGCCAUUAUUCCUAUCUUCGCCUAAGCUUAUAAGUCAAGCCGUUGACCUGACGCAGCUAGUCUCUAGUAACACAAUAGAAUACUUGGAGCAUCUGAGGAAAUCUAGUGCCUGUAUUAAUGAACCAAAUGGAAGAUCGGACAAUCCGUUGAAAUUCACAGCUGGACUUAUUCUGACUGUUCGAUUGGAUGCGAUGAUUUACAAUAUAAAAGAUAUUAAAACAAUUCGUUUAAUGAUUCAUUCACCUGACCAAACAAAUAAUUUCAUUUUACCUAAAUUAAGCGAUUUUCGACUAAUGGACAAUAACUCUCGUGAAAGUGAUAGUCGCAAUUAUCGUUUAUUAACAAACAUCUAUUUAUCCCAUACUGUAUGGACAGAGCCAUGCCAUGUUAGCAUUAGUAUUGUUUCAGAUUUCCGAGAAACAGCAUCUUCAUUUGGAAUUUCUCAAACCUGGGCAUCAAAAACCGGAUCAGGAAUACGAGCAAGACCCGAAGAAAGUUUAAUUAUUGAACUCUGUAAGCCGAUCAAACUGUUGAUUGCACCAAAGCAACAUAAAAAAGGUUUCUAAUUAUCUAAAAGGUGCAAUAUCUAAAAUCUUACUUAUCAAAUCAAGUAAAAAUCUGUUGGGCUUUAAUUUCACCAUUAAUAAAGUCAACUUAAGUUUAUUAUAAAAAAA